AUGGCUUCUUCCCGUCUGUUCCUCCCUUGCCUCGCUGGACUGGUAUUUGUGUCUGAGGCUAGCCCUGUGCUCUCUGCCCAGGCCUCUGGUGAAUCCAAGUGUCCUCUGAUGGUCAAAGUCCUAGAUGUGGUCCAGGGCAUUCCUGCUGUGAACGUGGGCGUGCAAGUGUUCAAAAAGGCUGCUGACGAGACCUGGGAGCCGUUUGCCUCGGGGAAGACCAGUGAAUUUGGGGAGCUCCAUGGGCUCACAACAGAUGAAAAACUUGUAGAAGGAAUAUACAUAGAAUUAGACACCAAAUCCUACUGGAAGUCACUUGGCUUUUCCCCUUUCCAUGAAUAAGCAGAGGUGGUGUUCACAGCCAACGAGUCUGGCCACCGCCACUAUACCAUCAUGGCCCUGCUCAGCCCCUGCACCUACUCCACCACGGCCCUCAUCAGCAGCCCCAAGGAGUGAGGGGCACCUGCUUCGGUGGACCUGCAGGAUGAGGGACAGGACUUCGUGUAACCAACAGCAUUCCAUUUUUAUUAAAGCAGGGCUCUCACUUUAUAGGCUAUGUUAGAAACUCGGGCAGAGACAAUAAAACAUUCCUAUUAAA